CGGGGGUGCCAGUGCGGGUUCUGGGGGCAACGAGGGCGGGUGCCUCCGUCGAAAUAACCCCUUGGCGACAGCGGACAACACGAGUGACCGACGUUUUAUGUCAAAUCCGCACUCUGUCUCGUGGCGUGCUACGUUUAACACACACACGUUUGCUUGCGCGCGCGCGCACACUUAGCAAACACAUACACACACAUAACACUGACACGUACACUGACACGCGCGCGCGCACAUACACAAGAGAGACACGUUCGAAGACAACACACAACGGGCACACGUAGGACGCGCAAAUUCAGGGAGUGAAGACCAAACCUCAAGAUAGUGCAAUAUAUGUACAUCCAUAUAUACAUAUACAUAUAAAUAACGAAUAUAUAUACAUAUUUUUUUAUCUCGUGAAAUAUGUCAGAGGGUAAGAUAGAAAGAAACGCUAUAUUUGGAAGAAACACCUGUCCGCCAGGGUGAAUCUAAGUUCACCCCUUCCUCCGCUCCUUUGCCCGGCCGAAUCCGCCACCUCUCCCUCCUCCUCCUCCCCCUCCCCCCGCCCUCUCUUUAUUACUCCGAAGCUUUCGUUCGCGCUGAAAGAAACUGGACGAAAAAACGAGUUACGCUGAUACUGUAGUCUUUGUAACGGAAAGGUGAUCAUAUGUUAUUGUGGCGCAAGGCUGAAGCAGUUUGCCGGACCUAAACACGUCCGAACGGAAAACACUCCCCCUCCCCUCCUUCCCGCCCCCCCCCCCCCUUCUUCACGUUCUUUUCAACGGAAGAACGAUAAGAGAGACAGAGACGGAGUAAGAGGCACGGGAGUACGGCGUUUUCAUCGGUUCUCUCCCACCGACUCGUUGAGUUUCAGGAUGGAGUGCCCCGAGGCAGUGGAACGGGGCCGGAACUUCCGAUUGCUGGCCGAUGAAGAACUCCCUGAAUGUUUGAACAUUCUUACCGGAUACUUGCCGGAGUCUCUUAAGUUCCAGCAAACGCUCCUGACCUACAUGCGAGAUAAAGUUUGGGAGUUUUCCUUUUACGUGGCUGACGGCUGGCCGGAAGUCCCGAUCUGCCUUCAUUUUCCGGGGAUGACACUCUCCCCUCAUGGAUUACAAUACGAGAGCUUCGGAGUUUUCUGUCCCGGAGACCGCUUGGACUUGCUGCAACUUCUGCGGGACGAGGACAUUCUGAUUGACUGGACAAAGCCGUUGUACAUAAAUUUCGUUCAUUGCGACAUCGCGAAUGAACUGGUAAAGCUUUACGAGGGUACGGGAAACGUCGAGCAGGUACUCGGCGAUGUUUGGGCGUGUGAGGAACCGGAGAACACGAUACAAGUUGAGGAGGACACGAGCGACGGGGAGUCCGACGUUCAAGUAUUGCCAUUGAAGGCUGAGCACGCCGAGGGAAUUCACGAAUUGUAUCCGGCCAAUGACAUGGAAUGUCACGAGCUGUUUCUUCGUUUAAUCAGAACUCUACCAGCUGCUGGUGUUUUCGCUGACGGCAGCCUCGCUGCGUGGAUGAUACAAUCCUAUUACGGCGCCAUGUUCUCGAUGCAAACGAGACCGGAGUACCGGAGAAAGGGUUACGGCACGCGAUUAGCAAGAUACCUGACAAAGGCAGUUGCCGAUCGAGGUUACAACCCUUUCGUGGUAAUCCGACCUGAAAACGAGGCUAGUCAGAGUCUGUACAGAAAACUGGGUUUCCGGAUGCUGUACACGACGAUAAGGGCAACGUUCACGCCGUACGAUUGGGAGGAGCCGGAGAACGAGGAUUGUUCGAUAAUACGUGAAAAUUUGGCGAACGCGGUUAGGCAACUUAAAGUGGAGCAGAGGGUGAUAGACGCGUUUCAGAUCGACGAAGACGCCACGAUGAGGGCUGAGAACGAGGAUUUUGACGGAGAAGAAACGAUAAGGGAUCCGUCGGAUUCACCGAAAGACGAAGAGGAGGACGGCCAGAGCGACGAGGUUGCUGAAAACGGCUACGAGAGGGAAGACGAACUUCUCGAACCAAUCGAAGAACAACCGGAGGGUAGAAUAGGAUCUUCGGAGGAAAAUUCGGCUGCUGAUGCAUCCAGCGACAACAACAGGACCAACGAGGCGGAGUCGCAAGAGGUUAACGAUAGCAACGAGGGUGACGACGGUGGAACGGACGUUACUUCGGAGCAGAACGAUUAACUCGUCGUCAUCCACUCGAACAACGGUUUCGAACUCGAGCGUCUCAUUGUUUGACCCACGUCUUCGACCGUAGUGAAUUACAAAGAGAACAAAAUAAUACGAAAAAGUCAAGGGUUUGGGGGUUUAAAAUACGUUUGAUACUCAUCGAGGAUACGGCAGAUUCGAUCGAUCGGCUUCCACCGUACUCUAGUCGGUAGGCCAACGAUUUAGAAUUUUAUUCUUUUACGAUAACUGCUAUUGAAUUGCUCCAAGCAAAACCCUGAGCUAUCAAUGAAUCAGCUUGGCCGAUCUAACUAGCGGGAGGGCUUGCGAGAAUCUUUUCAGACACAGAGGCAGUCUGCUUCUGGCGCAAUCGUUCAAUAUCAAUACUUUUUUGCCAGCCACCUCUUCAAUAUCUCAUCAGCGAUAUUGCUUUCCUACUUUCAUUCCCCACGCUCAAUACUGUUCCAGAUCAAACUUUAAGUCAAGCUAAUUCAGACGACUGCAGAGCGUAAUUGCUGUCAUAAAAAUCAGAGUCAACAUUUUUUUAUCCUACGAAACAAAAAGUCGUGCCGAUUCUGGCGUCCCUUAAGACGUACGAAUUUGAAACUUUGACUAAUUUUCACGAAAAAUGCUUCUCGUGCUCCAUCUAAGAACGGGCCAGCAAUCGGUGAAACUACUCAAAAUUCCAGCCUCGAAAAUCCUGAGAAACAAAUCUAUGCGUAUUUGAUGAGAAAGUUUAACAAAAAAACUGCUCGUCCCAGUUCUGGCACGUGAGCUAAAAAAAAUUACCAGUCGACAGGUUAAUUCGACUACUUGGAGCAUGGUUUCGUUUUUUUCUAGAAAUUCUUAUCACAAGUAUCAAAAAUUCGUUCCAAUUCAUCGACUCCCGUCAAAGUAUUCUGAGAAAAUGUCCGAGUUACAGAAAAAAUAGAGAGCCAUCCAAAAAAGCUGCGAUUAUAAGAGUUCAAAGAAAUGUUGACGCUCGGUAUUAGAGAACUGCCUUAAUUAUGCUAGCGAGCUAGACGUCCAAUUGUCAGCCGGAACAGAUUAUUUUCUCUGGUGUUUUAUCGAGUUUCUUUUGCACGAGAAAGAGAAGAAAAAGCAUCAAAAGCUCGUACAAAAAAGUCAUUAGGAAGAACGAGCUUUGAAUGAGCACAAAAUAACAGCGUUUUCAAGCGAGAAUCGAGAAUAUUGUUAUUGAAUAUUGGGAACUUCGAAUUGCGGCGUUGUUUUAAGCAGCUUUGACCUCAAUGACGAAAGAGCAAAGAUUUUAGUAGACAAAACCAAUAGACCAGCAGCAAGAGUGAUUUUGAUCCGUCGCACGAGUUGUUGCAACGUUUAGCUCAUCUUAAAUUGCGUUCCUAUUAAAAGCAUCUAACCAAAAGAAAAGCCAUUGAUGUAGAAAACCCAAAGAUUUUUCACGCAAAUUCGAGCAAUGUGUUGUCAAUUUGUGACCUUAUAAAAAAUAUCCGUAAAAAGCUGCUGUUCCUACCUCCCCCGUUGCUACGGAAGCUUGUAAAAGUUCGAAUACUGUGCGCUUUUAGAAAAUUCAAUUUUUCAACGUCAAACAAAUUGCUGUUGUCAUUACAAACGCAAAUCACGAUUCCAUCCUCAUUUGCCUGCCUGCCUGCCUGCCUGCCCGUCGGGAAUAAUGAGAUUUGCUUUGACUCCUGCGUUAACGCGAACUCCGAAGAAAACAGAAAAGAAAAAAAGCAUAUUUGGCAGGAGAAAAAAAAUCGUUUUGGAAGGGAGAGCAGGAAAAAAGCGAGCUGUAGGAGUAUCCGACGACAACUGUCGUAUCCUCCGUACUCAAGGGUAUGGUUCAGUCGGUAUCUCGCGACCGUGAGUGCUAGCAAGAUAGCUGCGAAAAUGUUGAAAGUUAAAUUUGUCCACAGCCUGAGUUCGAUCGAGAUGAACAAACGUUUCAGCCAUCUUUCCAACCGUCCUGCGCGGGCUGCAAUCUUUUUUUGUGCAUAAUCGAUCAAGCGUUGUCGCGAGGAAUUCGAGUUAGAAAAUUCAGGUUGCGCUAGCAGGUCACUGAUCCGUACUGAUCCUCUCAAAGGCCAGUCUCGUUGCUGAUCGGCUCAGUGUCUAACUCAACGAAGAAAAAUUCAUUACUUUGGGAAUAAAUUCAAAGGUUUCAUGAGCGGAUUAGCGACUGGCUCCGAUCGUCUGUACCAGAGUCAUGGUGCUCCUGAGUAUCUCGUUUUAUAUCACGUUGGUUAGAUAAAAUCAAAAUGAGAAAAAAAAGCGAAAGUGGGAAAAAAUACUUUGAAUAUUGAUCUUUUCGAAAGAAGCAAACGAGUCGAGAAUAAAAAUAAUACGCGUUUGUCUCACGUCGUACCAAUGGUGCGAUCGCUCACGGGCCGAAAGGCGAAACGAUUUUUUAAUUAUAACUUAUCGUAUGAACAAUUAUAAGAAUAAAGCAGGAGGAAAGAAAAUGUGACGAGUAACUGCGGAGCCAGUCGCGAAUUUCCCGAGAUACAUUGAAGGGUUGAGCCUCGUCGAAACCUUAUAAAAAUUUUCGUCUGAUAUCCCUUAAAAUAGCAAAUUGAAGAAACAUGUUCGAUGAAAAGACAAAAUUGGAAUUCGAAUAAUAUUCCAACCGAGAAGUGUUGAAGACUCGAAAAUUCAUUUGCCCAUUCGAUCCGUCGAGGCAUGAUCUUUCAAUGGCACGUGUUUAUUUUCUUCAUUUGUUUUUCAUGUCGAGUGGAGGCCUCGCCAGCGCAACUUGUUCGACAACGUUCCCAAUUGAAAUGUGUUAGGAAGAUUGUUUCUACGAAUUAUAUUGAAUAAUCCCAAAAAUUGGCAUUCCGAGAGAACAAAUAAUGCACGAAAGAAAGAAGCAGAGAGUUGAAAGAGGCAAAAAUGAUUAAAAAAGGUACAAACGCGUAUACGAUCAUCGCGAAAAGUCCUGACGCCCCAUAUCGGCUUAACACGGAUUCUAGCCAACUCAUAACUUAGAUAGGUUACUUGUAUAAUUUUUUCUACAUUUCAUAUAGCUAUUAAAAAAAAAAAAGAAAAAAAAACAAAACAAAACAAAACAAAGUCGGAAAAAGGAAAGAAGAAGAGAAAUAAUUGAUCGAUGCGUACAGAGCGAAAGAACGACGACGGGAUGUUGGAAUCCGUCGAGUCGGGACUAUUGGCAAAAGAAACUUCUCGAAGGUCCCCUAAACCCCCCACCCCCAGCGAAAAAAAAACGAUGUAAAAAAUCCGACUUACGAGAUUUCGCUUUAAAUACUUUUUUCCGGGGGCCAGCUGUGAUAAUUUACCAAAUCCACUUUCUGCUCUGAUUAAGUAGUCUAAGGAUAAGAAGUAAAACAAACAAAAAAAAAAAGAGAGAGAGAAAAGGAAGAAAAACAAACGAAAAACGUUAAAAAUUAAAAGAAAAAAAAUCGUCGUUGAUGAGAAAGCUAUUAAUGAGGGAGAAAUUAUAAUUAUAAAUUCAUUCACUUUUUAUUCGACUACGUUUCCGACGUGCGGAACUUUAUUGAUUUAACCAUAAGCUGCGUUUAUCGUGCUUGUGAUUACAAUACAAAACACUUGUCCGAUGUUGUUUUAUAUUCGUUUAUUCUUAUCGAUGUUCGACUAUUGUUAUUGCGUUUACCUCAACACACCGACGCGCACACACGGGCGCAAUCACAUAUUUGUUCCUUACUUAAAUUAACGUACGUGCGCGUGCGCGACAAGCUCGAAAUAUCGUCAAAUUUUACGCUCACUCACACACACACACACACACACACCGACGUUUCUCGGAGAAUUACAUUCCUUUCGAAUUUAUCAGUCGAGAAACAUCGCACACUUUCGUACUUAUUACACAAAAUUAUAAAGGAAAAAGUAUAUUUUCAAUAAAAUUCCUAUUACGAGUGCAAUCACGAUUGCAAUAAAAUGUCAAAUUAAUUCCUCAAGGAAACUAGCACACUGCGGUCACUCGUACACCAAAUUAUGAUAACUACAAAAGGCAGAGUUUUGGAAAAACGUAUAUUUUCAAACACACGUUUUUAAACAAGAUUGCAUGGAUUUGACGAGAACAGCUGUUUUGUCGUUAAAUCGAUGAAACGAAAAUGAAGAAAUCAUUUUUCAAAUCAUAUUCGUUACGAACCUUGAGCCUAAUUUGCCAUCCAAAUUUCUAUGGGCGACAGACAAAGACCGAGAUUUUUUUUGACAUUGUUAACGUCGAUGAAGUUUGCAUCGUUGAGGUCCAACGAAAUUCGUUUCCCUGUCUCCGAUGCCUGAAUCAGAAUUCCAAAGCUCUCAAAAUGACUCACGAAGUCAGCGAAUACCGAAAAAUUCUAAGCUUUUUAGAUACGAAAGAGAUUUCGUUGCGUCAACAACGAUGCAAAUUCCGUUGGAAUGAGGGAAAAAACGAUUGUUCGAGAAGGAAAAAAAGUGAAAGACAACAAAAGUGUAAUUCGAUGGAAAAAAUGGUACGCCCGAGUUUGUAAUUACGAUCGGAUAAGAAAAGCUCUGGGUUGGGCUGGCACUAUUCAAGACCUGUGAGAAGGAUCGCUUUGGGCUUUCGUUUUUUAUUAGAAAAGUUGACACUGCUGUGCGAGCACAAAGAUAUAAUAACUAAAUUUUAUGCCGACGAAGAUCGAUCGGUGAAUCGAAAAAAUGAGAAAUCGAUCAAAGUUUCUCGCUUGUUUCUCAAGCUCAUAAAUUGUUGUGAUAAAUCUUGUACCGCGCAAAAAAAAACGAAAUCGAACAAACAAACAAAACGAAAUCUCUUGCGAUAUGAAAAUUACGCUGGCCCAAGGACGCGAAAAACAACGAAAUAAUAACAAAAUACAAACAAAGUUGAAAAACAGAAUAAAUUAAUAAAUUACAAUUUAAUAAACACAUACACAAACACGUACAUUUUAAUCCAGUAUCUUACGUAGCUUACUAGCUGCUCCGUAGGGUCGAAAACAAAACGAAGAACUAAAAACAAAAGCAAAUGAUGAAGAAAAAAAAAGAAGCAAAAAAAUAAAACAAAGUUUGUCUCGCGAUUAGGCCUAAUAAGAAAAACUUCUGUAACGAUACUAAACACCCUAAGAUCACGAAAAAAACGCGCACGAGAAAAAAAUCAUUUCGUGUAAACGAAUAUGGCUGAUUCUUCAAAAAAAAAAAAAAAAAAAAAAAACAAUCCUUCACUUUCUCUCGCUUUAAAUUUAAAAAAUUUAAAAAAAAUCAAUGUCUGUCAGUUUAUGAACGAAAAAAAAAAAACAGGAAUAUUCUAACGAAUGGAAUUUGAGCCGACGAGAGUUGACGGCCUUAAAAUUGUAAGAGAGAUGUUGAUCAUGUCCAAAGCGUGUACGCCGAAAUUUCCUUCCAAGCGAGGCUCCGCGAACUUGACCGAACAAAGAAACCAGGAGAAGAACGAAUGGGCGAGCCGUGAGAGCCGCUCCUUAUUCAUAUGUAUCGAAGUGUGACACGAGAGUUCGCGGAUUAUACUACGAAAUAAAAUAUCUACGAUUUAAUAUUGGGAUAUCUCGAAACAACAAGAACAACCCAAAUGAUAAUAACUCGAGAAUGAGAGUUGAAAUAACUUGAUCAUGAUGGAGCAGAGAAAAUGGGACUAGAGGCUUCAGAAAAUAAACAAAACAUAUGAACAUC